GUCCCAGCUAUCACAUCCAGAAAGCAUGGCCGUACAGCAGAAUCAGCAAGUACAGCAGCAAUUAGGCGUUGGCGCAAGUGGUGUCAACGCCCAGGCAAGAGAGAAUCAGGUUAUUCGGGAAGUAUGGGCCAGCAACUUCGAGGCUGAGAUGGCGUACAUCCGAGAGCUGGUUGUCGGCUAUCCGUACGUAGGAAUGGAUACCGAAUUUCCCGGUGUCGUCGCAAGACCAAUAGGCUCGUUCAAGACGUCCUCCGACUACCACUACCAGACGAUGCGGUGUAAUGUGGACUUGCUCAAGCUGAUACAACUGGGCAUCACAUUAACCGACGAACACGGACGGCAUCCUCCUGAAUAUUGGUCAUGGCAAUUCAACUUCCGCUUCGACCUCAACGAGGACAUGUACGCGCCCGAGUCAAUAGACCUUCUAUCAAGUAGUGGACUCGAUUUCGUGAGACAUCAGGCAGAAGGGAUUGAGCCGGAUGAGUUUGCAGAGCUGUUCAUCACCAGCGGGCUCGUUGCGAACGAUGAGGUCUGCUGGGUCUCAUUCCACAGUGGAUACGAUUUCGGCUACCUAAUAUCCGCCCUCACCUCGGCGCCAUUACCCAAAUACGAAGACGACUUCUUUCACCUACUCAGUAUCCUCUUCCCCUCCUUCUACGACAUCAAGUUCAUCUGGCGGCACGUCAAGGCGGCCAAAGGUGGAUUGCAGGACAUUGCCGAUGAGCUGGGGAUCCCUCGUAUUGGCCCGCAGCAUCAAGCUGGCUCAGACAGCCUCCUUACCUCAAGUGUAUUCUUCAAGAUCUGCGAGUUGUACUUCCCAGAGCAAAUGAAUGAAUCUUACCGUGGUCAUCUGUAUGGGCUGGGCCCACAGAGCACACCAAUGGAAUCAACCCCGCCUUCGCAGCCAGCACCGAAUCCGUACGCUAUUGGCAUGGGCAUGGGACAGGGCGCGUACAACAACGUCCCAGGGAUGCAGUACGGCUACCGAUAGUGACCCGUGACAAUGGCCCAGUGUCCCUCCGCAGCGCGGUAUAUACGUGGGGUCGGGGAGCGUGGAGUGUAUGUGGUAGUUGCGCCUGCGAGCGGUGAGCGAAGCGGUCGCGAUACUCAGGUAUGCUUAUGCGUGACGUCGGUAUGAUCAAUGUUGUAUCGUAAUUGUAUUGUCCUGGAAUGCUCUGGAAUCUCAU